AUGCCUGUCCAAGUAUACAGCACCCCCGGGGUGGACGUCAGCCCCCUCGCCCGGCCAUUGACGUUCAAUUUCUCAAAAAAGACGGCCAAGAACCGCUUCUUGAAGGCAGCCAUGGCCGAGUCGCUGUCGAGCUGGAGCGCAACCGACCUCCAAGCCCGUGGCAUACCCUCCCCUGAGCUCAUCAACUUGUACAGACGAUGGGGCGAGGAGAAGAACUCGUGGGGCGUGAUUCUGACGGGAAACCUGUCCACGAAUUAUGGCAUGCCGGGAAGUGCUGGUGAGGCCAUGAUCACUCCCGAGGAUGCCUUCUACGGUGAGCGAUUCGAGGCGUUCCAGAAGCUGGCUGCUGCAGCCAAGGCGAAUGGCAGCUUGAUUGUUGGCCAGGUCAGCCAUCCCGGCCGGCAAGCGCCCGAGAAGCUCGUCAAGGAGCCCAUUUCUGCAUCGGCAGUGCCCCUGGAGCCCAAGAUGGGCAUGACCUUUGCCAAGCCCCGCGCGGCCAACAAGGCCGACAUCGCCCGCGUGAUCGCCGGCUUCGCGCACGCCGCGCAGUACCUCGAGAAGGCGGGCUUCGACGGCAUCGAGCUGCACGGCGCCCACGGCUACCUGCUGGCGCAGUUCCUCUCGCGCAGGACGAACCAGCGCACCGACGCGUACGGCGGCUCCCUGCGCAACCGCGUCCGCCUCAUCACCGAGAUCGCGCAGGAGAUCCGCAGGCGCACGUCGCCCGACUUCAUCCUGUCCAUCAAGCUCAACAGCGUCGAGUUCCAGGAGGGCGGGUUGACGCCCGAGGAGGCGCGCGACCUGUGCCUGAUCCUGCAGGAGGAGGUCGGGUUCGACUUCAUCGAGCUCAGCGGCGGCACGUACGAGGAGAUGGGCAUGGCGUGGGAGAAGGAGAGCACGCGCAAGCGCGAGGCCUUCUUCAUCGAGUUCGCCGACACCAUCGUGCCGGCCAUGGGCAAGGACCGGCAGACGCGGGUCUACAUCACGGGCGGGCUGCGCAGUGCGGGGGCCAUGGUCAAGGCGCUCGACGUCGUGGACGGCGUGGGCCUUGGAAAGCCAUCGACCGGGAACCCUGCCUUGGCUGCCGACAUCCUCGAGGGCCGCGUCACCGGCGCGAUCAAGCCGGUCGCGCCCUACGACAAUGACGGCGGCGUCGGUCUCGUCGCCUCAGGCGUCCAGAUCCGGCAGCUGAGCCGGGGCCUCGAGCCGUUCGACCUGAGCGACACCAAGGCUGUCGAGGCGUUCGGCACGGCCAUGCAGCCCUGGUACAUGGCCAACGUGCAGGACGUCGAGGGGACUCGCUCGGGGUAUUUCGACCUGGACCUUCCUCUUCGGAAGCUGUACAAGGCCGAGUGCCGGACUACACCGUUGAAGCGCAAAGUGGUGCCGACGACCCGAAAACCCGUCCCGGCAUCCCAAGGAUUGAACAUUUCGGCACCCGAGUCUUCUUCACGCACGGAAGCACUUGAGAUCCGGCUGGCAAACAUCGAGACACAGCUGCAGCAGUUCAUCAGUCUCGCUUCGGCAGCCCUCCUGGACAGACAGGCACAGGCUCAAGUGCAGCCGCAACAGCCACAGUUCCAGCAGGUGACGCCGGCGUCUCACAACCCUUCAUCUCACCUCACUACUCAUCAUGGCAAUGCUUCCUGGACGCCCGCAUCGUUCUCGUCAGACUCACCAGCGGCCGAGGUCCGGCGCAAGGAGCAGCGCUACGAACUGCCGCCGCUGGAGGACAUCCUGCCGGUGAUAGACAGCUACUUCCACAACUUCAACUCGGUGACGCCACUGUUCCAGAGGUCGACUUUCAUGCGCACACUUCAAGCGUGGUAUUCGUCCAACAGCUCAGCGUCUCCGCGGUGUCCGGCGGCAUGGGCUGCAGUCAAUGUCGUCCUCGCACUCGGUCGCCGCAUGCCUGACCAGCCUACCAACGACGUCGAUGUUGAGGUUGAAGAUCCCUUCAGGGCGCGGUGCGUGCGAAACAUCGAGUCCGUGCUGCCGCACCUUGCGACGCACGAAGAGGACCUUCUGGGCCUGCAGUCGAUGAUGGGAUUGGUUCUCCUGCUGCUGGACAGAAACGACCCACGUCCUGCCAGCUCUCUCGUCGCUACAACCGUCAGGCUAGCCCACCGCCUGAGCGUCCACAGCCCAGACAUCAACAUGCGGUACUCGGACGCUGAGAACGCCCAGCGCGCCCGCGUGUUCUGGAUCCUCUACACCGUCGAGAAGGAGCUGUGCCUGCGGCUGCAGACGCCGUCCGUCAUCGACGACAACGACAUCUCCAUCCCAUUGCCGCCUGCCGAACCGGCCGACGGCGCUGGCGAUCUGUACUACCACUCAGCGGGCGACAGUCCGGACUCGCAACCAAGCAUUGCGCGCUUCAACAUCUUCCGCGCCGCCGUGCAGCUCGCCCGCAUCCAGGGCCUCAUCUACUCGCACCUCUACUCCGCCCGCUCCGCCCGCCUCCCGAUCGCCGUGCGCCGGCAGCGCGUGGAGCAAAUCGAUUCGCUCCUUAAGACUUGGCGGGAGUCUCUCCCACCAGAAUUGCAGUUGGGCCGUCUCACGCGGCUGCUUCAGCAGUGGCGGCCAGGAGAUCACAAUUACCCGCCUGGCAUCACGCGCCAACUCCUCGCACACUUGGCGCCGGUUCACUUGAUGGCACACCGUUGUUUCGUGAUGACUCACGGCAUAUACUCGCAGAAUGCAGGCUGGAUCCGCCGUUGCAUGAGCAGCUACGGACGCGUAGCGCUACGAGACGCCAAGGACCCGGUCAACGGCACAUGCUACGAGCAGUUGCCGCCACUGCCGGGGAGCUGGACGCGGUGCGUCGACUUUAGCAGGGACUCUCUGAAGCUUAUCUCGGCUCUGCCCAAGUCGGACUGGAGCAUUUGGACCAUGGGCUGCGCAUACUUCUCCGCCCUUCUCAUCAUUCUCGCCAACAUCGUCGAGUUCCCCGGCACCGCGCAGGCCGAGAUGGACCAGAAGCUGGCGCGCCCGGCCCUCGAGCUGUUCUGCAAAGUCCUGGCGUCGAGCGACUGGGCGCCUCUGCAGCAGCUGUACAUCGUCCUGAUGGAGAUCGACCGGGCUGCUGUGGCCGCGGUGAGGAACGCCGCAGAGGCAAAGAUGAUUGGCAGCAACAUGCCAGAGCAUCAGCCCGUCGUCCGACAGGAAGCGUCCGACUCGGCGACCGCGACGCCCGAGGACCCGGGCGACUGGGCUCUGACCAUGGGCGGCCACCCAGCGCUAGGCGACUCGAGCCGAGACCUGGACCUUCUAGGCGAGAAUCGCGAGCACCCGUUCGAAGAUCUGGAUUUGGAGAACCUGGACCCGCCAGAGCAAUGGCAGUACGGCGAUUUUACGGACCAGCAACUACCCCUGGAUCCCCUUGCCAAGACCUCAGACCAAGUGAUGGCAGCCGCAUUCGAUAUGUGGUCGUUCGGAGAUCAUGCGCUGAUCGACCAUUAUGGGAACGGCGGCGACGCAUUCCCUUACCAUCUAGUAGGGCGCGAGUAG